AUGUUCAGCCCCGCCGAUCUGGGCGAUCAGCAUUUCCAUGUGCCCGGGUACGCGGAAUGGGUAGCGAGUCACGUGGGUCCCGUGAAGAGCAACCCAACCAUGCAGAUGUUCGUGAAGUACCUCACCCGACGCACCCAGACUGUGGUGAACAAGAUGGAGGCAGCUGGAGGGUACGUGGAACCAAGCGAGAGCUCUCACAUGGAGACAUGGAGCAAGAAGCAAGGCAAGAUGGACGACCUCUUCGAAGAGAAGAUCGAGAGGGGCGACUUCGAUCCAUGGACGAAGGUGGUGGUAGGGACACCAACACAAGAGGUCCAGAAGUUGCAGGAAGAGUCAGCCAUGAUGCAAGCUCGCACGCGCUUCCUCGAAUGUCAGCCCUUUCCUUUCCCGAAAUCGAUCUUCCAGCUCUUCAACUCGGCCAUGGGCAUGGUUUGCGCCUUCUCCACCAUUUCCUUGGCGGCGGUCUUGCUGGUCAGCUUCUCGAGGUUCUCUUUGAGAGUUGGCUCGGGCUUGCUUCCUGCUGCGCUCAUUGCUUGGGGCGAGGUCCGCGCCACCGACCUCCUUGCCUUGGGCCUUCUUUUCUAUCCCUUCAGUAUUCACGAAGACGCCUCCUCUGGGCUCGGAGCGCACGCUGAAGACGUCGUUGCGAAUCUGCCUCAAUGA